CCGCUUCGUAAACGUAAUUUGAAGGUGCGAUUACUUCAAUUUAUUGCCCCCGCAGGGAUUUCGCCCAGAAGGCGAAAUCCCGAGGAGGCACUCUAGUAACUCGCGCGUAUAUUAAGGAAAGUACUUACAGUUGAAAUAUACAGUCGGUAUGCCAGAAAAAAUCUCGAUUUCCUUGAACAGGGGCCGCGAGGAAUUGGUAGGUAAUGAUGACCUUUCUAUUGUUUGCACCCGCAAGUACGAAAUGGUUAGGAUGACGUAAAGACAGAAAAUCCCGAAGGGACCGCUUCGGUAGAUUUUGUGACAUUGAUUGUGCAGUCACACUUCGAUACUCUUUUGCGUUACGUGUUAUCAGUGACAUUCUUUGGAGCAGUUGUUUUGAAAGUUAUGGACCAAAAGACACUCGUUAAGCGCAGAUGAAGUUAUAAGGUGCAUAUAACUGUGUAUAUGAGUUUGCCGGACACGCACGAGUUCACAAGUCUUUGAAUGGAAACCUUGCCAGACACUCUUUCUCUCUCUUUGACCGGAAUAACACGCAGCCCUAAACAGGCAAGACGAGUGAACAACUGCUAGCUUAUCAAUAGCAGAACGAUGGACGAUUGCAGAAAUUCGCCGACAAUCAAAUUCUGGGCUGACUUAUUCCCUGCUCACUGAUGUCCUUCCGUUAGAAAGUUUAAAAUAAGACAAGAAUGCGCGAGCGUGAAUUGGUCAGACGUCGUUUUAAUUUUUAAGGCUUACUUUCUGGCAAACAAAAUGAACUGAAUGCAAAAAGUGAAAUAAAAAUAGCGAAAAAUUCAACCUCUAAUUAAAUCUUUUCUUAUGGUUUAGAAUAAACUAUUCUCGAAACUGAGAAUGUUUUGAUAAAAGCUGUCUAAAUCGAACUGAACACUGUGCAUGAACCUUGCGUUUCCUUUAUUUAUCUCACCUAUUGUAUGGAAUAUGUGUGAAAAUCUUCAUUGUGAAUCGUUAUAUUUCAAAGAGCUACACAACGAGCAAGACAAUAUUGACCGACAAUAUUGCUGGUUUUCAGUGUCACGCCUUUCAAAAUAGAUCAAAAUAAAAAUCAAAACCGUUCAAUAGAUAAAGUCCAGAAUCUGGGAAAUGAAAGGAGGUACGUAUACAAAGACCCUCGCCAAGAUUCGGGUCAGAGGAAUAUUUCGUAUACGAGAUAUCCGAAGAAAUUUUUUACCCAAACUUAGAGAGAUUUUUAUGGAGACGCCAUGCUGGUGCUCACCUGGAUGAGCUCCAACAUGGCGGAGGGAAACUAACAGAAACAUCUGUUACCGAGUUUUGCUACAAAAGCGUGUGUUUAUUCUUCAGGAAACUCAUAAACAUUAAAGUAAUACUUUUUCUACUACAUGAACUGUUUAGAUAGCAAAAUUUCCUGAAAUAAGUCAUUUUUUUAACCUACAUGACAGCUCUCUUGGCCGUCAUUUGAAUGCCGCGUCACAUAAAAGCUUGGAAAUUCAAGCGUACACUAUCACAAAACCUAGAACCCUUUUGAAACGAAAAUUUGUAUGAAAAUCAGUUUUCAGCUGCACUAAUGCAUCGUGAAAGUAAAAUCUCGGUAAGAUCGAUUGUUUUUUAGUUUGAAUUUUAGUGACAUCAUGUGAAAACCAACCAUGUGAAAUGUGUCAUGUGAAUGUGUCAUGUGUCAUGUGAAAAAACAACAGAGCGGGGGCAGCUGUAGUGUCAGCUAUUACCAGUCGUAAAUAUAGUACUCGCAAUGUGUUUUCGCAUUUACUGAGAGUAAACAAUUACUUCUGAAAAUCUUGGUGUAUGGCAGAUUCAGAGUGCCCCCCAUCCCAUCAGCCCCCUGGAAACCAAACCAUAUUUACCCCUUGUUUUUUUAUAUCAAAACAGGUGAUAAUUACUUGUACGUGGAUUCUUGGGGUGAUCUUCAAUAUGCCAUCGUUUAUAUACAGGAGAUAUAACGAGAAUCAGAAAUACUGCAUCAACACGUGGCCAAGUGUGUGGGUCGGCAAGGCCUACAGUCUAAGUUGGCUUUUGCUCGCAGUUCUCUCAACUUCCCUUAUGGCCGUGCUAUACUUUCGUGUGGCGUAUACAAUGUGGUUCAAAAAGGAAGAACAUCGUAGAGAAAGCAAUCUGCGACAGAGGGUAAGAUGAUCUAAAACUUAACCGUGUUAACGGGUAUUACAGAUCAAGCGUAGGCGGUGUGCGUCAUGACCCACAAAGGUUCAUGGGUAAAACUGUUACUGUGCCUCAUUUCAAUCGUGACACGGUCGAGUUCGCAUCUCGUAAGAGAAAUGAAUCAAACCCAGGGAUCAAAACACUGCUGCCUUUUCCGAAAAACAUUACGGAAGAGAGCGAUUUCGAGAAUUUUCAAGAUCUCAUAGUGGCCUUAGAUGCUUGCUAUUGGCUUCACAAGACAAUUUCAAGAAGUUUAUCGCGAUUCGGAGACGAUCGUGCGAUCUAGCCGACUUUGAGCCGCGACUAAUUUCCUGCUUCUCAUAAGAUUUUAUGUACUGCGGUUUAUAUGUAUGUUUUUAUCUCAUAGUGAAAGAGAUCUGUAGUUCAUACCUGGAUUUGCUUAACCAAAAAAAAACUUCGUCCAUUAGAAGUGUUUAUAUAUUUGAUGGACUUUGUUACCGACAAAGCAGGGGGAGCGCGUGCAAACAGUAAGGUGAGAAAUCGUCUCUCAUAACAAUUUUAUUUUCAUCGACAAGUUUAUAUUAUUUUGAAAACAGUGCCCGUUUGAAAUCCUUUUGUAUCAGGCAAGGGGAAAACAGACCGAAAGAGCCGAACAGCUGCAGCACAAUCAGAAUUUCACCGAAGCUACAGUCGCAGAAAUAAACAGUGAAAUAAACCACGAUCUUGUCUGUGCGUUCAAUGAAGUGAGCGUAGUAUAUCGAUUUUGUUAUAAAGUAAAACCUAACCUCACAGUUUUAAAAUCCUGUAUGAUGUUGUCUGGAUCUUCGAUAAUGGUUUUGUGUUUUGGUAGAGAUUUAUAACAAUUUAUUCCCUCACAUAAGUUUACACAAAGAUUUGCAUACACAUAGCACGCACCGCAUGCAAAUUAUUUUAAAGUCACGCUUUCAGUUUCCGCACAGGGUUAUGAAAAAUGUUUUUUUUUUCCAAAGGUUAUUACAAUAUUCAAACUUAUUUACCUUUUGUGGUUUAAAAUAGAACAAACUCUUCCUGGAUUUGGCGUUACUCGCUUCACGUCGGCUUCCGCUUCGGCAUGUUUUCUCAGCCCGUUUCCCGGGAGUUGUGCCACUUGGCUAAGACGAUGUCUUAAUUCCAAGACACUUUCAACGCCUCAUAACGGGAAAACUAACACGGGUAGACCCCAAAAUUUGCAAAGAAGAAAGGUUGAAGUAACAAGAUGGCCAAAAAAAUUCGAUAAAACCGCUAACAGUAACCAGCAAUAAAUCCAAGAAGAACGGCAAAAACAACACUCAAAUCAUCAUGGCGGCCUGCACAUAACCGAGCAAUUCAAACUUGUCACAAACGCUCAAGAAAGCAAAUAUUUUACAGUAACGCAACUGCUAUCAUGAUAAAGUGUUGCAACAACUUUCCACGGCGGUAUAGCGUCAAAAUUUCCAACACAAGCUUGGAAUAAAGCGAAAAUUUCACCACAUAUACCUCUCAAAACGGCUCUUUCCGAGCGCGAAAAUCACUCUGCAAAUGACGCAUUCUGAUUGGUCGAAUCUCGUGACGCACACCGCCUGGGUCAAGCGUAUCCCCCAAGAUUCCAUUAAUAUUGUCCAAUUCCCUGAAUGUGACGUAGAUGUCUUCGAAGCCGAUUUUAUCUAUUCAAAGAUUUUCAAUCUGACCAAAUACAGAGAAGUUAUCGUAAAAUAUUCACUGCUUAUUACGAAUGCAGGAAUGCCGACUUGAAUUUGACACCAAAUACGGGAACAACUAACGGAUUCAUUUUUCAGAUAAUCAAUUCAUUAAUAGAAUGUUGAGGGGGUACGCUUGACCAGCCUUGACUGCAACUAGUACUCCAUAUAACUCACCGUAUAGUCGCCCUUAAAUUAGAAGGGCCAGAGUAAUGUUUAUUACCUAAUCGGCUGCUGUUAUUUCCUAUGAAUAACAAGUCCUGCGUGGUGAAUGACAUUACACGACAUAAUUUAUUAUCUGGACUAUAUCAUGAUGUUUCCCCAUGUAUGGUAAUACUCUGGAAUCCAGGACAUUUUUGCUUGUGGAAUCUGGAAGCCAGGGCUUUGGAAUCCGGAGUUCACUUCAAGGAAUAUAUCCUGAAUACCGCUAACGACUGAAAUUAAUCCGAAAUCCAAGUUCCACAGACAUCCGAAAUCAAGUACCUGGAAUCCGGAAUCCACAGCUUGGAAUCCAGAAUCCAAGGCUGUCUUCACUCGGAUUUCUUUACAUGGGGCGAAUGAUGUGCAAACCGCUAACAUGAAGUAACUGCGAAUUCAUGUGGCUGCUCCAACUCUGCCUUUAGUUUAUAGUAAUAACUUUUUAAAUGGUAUCAACGUUUUCUUGACUUAAAAAUAGCUCUCUAGAGAGAGAAUGUUUUUACAGUUCAGUGUAAUGUUAUAUCUGCUGUGCACUUCCGAUUUUAUUUUAGAAAAACGUAACUAAGCCCGCAAUCCUUAUCUCCAGCGGAUCGGCUUGCUAUGUCAUAUAAGCAUUAAAAAGGACCGUUGUUUUGUCGAAGAUAUAAAGCGUGAUAUCUUGCAUCGAAGACGCGAAAGUCAAACCUUUUUUGCAAUAUUAUUUUCACUAGAAAAAAGAAAAUUGAUAUCAUGACAAUCAACAACUAGAGCGUAAUAGACUAUCCUUGUUAUAGCAUUUUGUAUCUGGCCUACAUGGAGGGUGGGGUCUUAUCCUUUAUCUUACUUACGAAAAUUACGGAUAUACGAAACGACUUCAUAGUGUUUUGGACAUAUUGAAUUCUGCAAGCAGAAUACUGCAGUGCUGAUCGUACUACGUGAAAAUGAACUCUUCAAGGCAUCAACACCAAACCGAGAGAACUCAAAACAGAGCGGGAUUGUAGCCAUAGACAGCUGUUUCGCCCUCUUUGGGGCUCGUGGUAUGGCGUAAUUCUGUGGGUGUUGAGAGUUCUAGGUCAGGGCUUAAAUCAGAGUGCGGGGACAUUUUUCAUCAGAGCUUUCUUUGGUUGUUACGCUAUACUGACGAGCCCCAAAUGAUAGGGCGAAACAGCUGUCUAUGGCUACAAUCCCGCUCUGUUUUUUAUUGAGUUCUUUCAGUGUAGUGUUGAUGUCUUGCAGAGUUAAUUUUCACAUGGUACGAUCAGCACUGCAGCAUUCUGCUUGCAGAAUUUAAUAUGUCUACUUUUCAUUUUUGCUGAUCAGGUCUUUAUAGAUCCUACAUUCGUCGGUAUAUUCGUUUGCGGUCUUUUGCAGUCCCUUGUGGUUAAUGUUUGUACUUCACAGUGUUUUACCGUUUUUAAUAGUGUUUAUAUUAUGUUUGUGCUAACAGGCUGUUCCGAGGAUGCGAAAACGAGCCACCUUAAUGGUAAUGCUUGUCAGCCUCGUCUUUGGAAUGUGUUGGGUGACUGACCGGACCAAUUACGUGAUAGUGCAUUUUUAUUCCCCUUCGGAUGCAUUUUUCUCACUCGCGGCGUCA